AUGUCAACCACAGGUGGAACUCCUGAUCAGCGGUAUGCUCGACUGGAGAAGCUUGGUGAAGGCACGUAUGCGACUGUAUUCAAGGGCAAGAGCCGGCUAAGUGGCGAAAUGGUCGCGCUCAAGGAGAUUCAUUUGGAUGCCGAAGAAGGCGCACCGUCGACGGCCAUACGCGAAAUCUCACUCAUGAAAGAACUCAAGCAUCCCAACAUUGUUCGACUCAUUGAUGUAAUCCAUACCGAAUCCAAACUCAUUUUAAUCUUUGAAUACAUGGAUCAGGACCUGAAAAAGUACAUGGAUGCAACAGCACGGACCGGCCACACGGCACUCGAAACGACCAUCAUCAAGUCCUUCAUGUACCAAUUGCUCAAAGGCAUUGCUUACUGCCACGAGAAUCGUGUGUUGCACCGCGAUUUAAAGCCUCAAAACUUGCUCAUCAAUAAGCGACUGGAACUCAAGCUCGGCGACUUUGGAUUGGCACGCGCUUUUGGUAUUCCAGUGAAUACAUUUUCAAACGAAGUUGUCACAUUGUGGUAUCGAGCGCCAGACGUACUGCUUGGCUCGCGUAUGUAUUCAACGUCAAUCGAUAUCUGGUCAGCCGGCUGUAUCAUGGCAGAAAUGUACACCGGCCGUCCACUGUUCCCUGGUACGACGAACGAAGACCAGUUGCAAAAGAUCUUCCGCAUGAUGGGAACACCUACAGAGCAAACAUGGCCUGGUGUGUCGCAACUGCCGGAAUACAAGCCCAACCAGGUCAUUUAUCCCAGUCAACAUAUAUCAACAGUACUUCCUCUAGUAGACGCAUGCGGUCGUGAUCUGCUAUCCCGCAUGUUGCAGUACCAGCCUCAGCUAAGAAUAUCCGCAAAGGAUGCAUUAAACCACCCCUAUUUCCAAGAAGUGAGGUAUAUGCAGCAGCAGUUUGAAUAG